AUACCGAGGCUUAGAGGAAACAUCUCAUCAAAUCCCAAAUCGUUUUAUUUUUUAGGGCAAAAGGUUUUAGGGUUUUCGGAUCGGAGGGAGCUUCGACAAAUUCGUCGCGAUGGCAGCGAUCAGCUUGCGCAAGGGUAACACUCGGCUCCCGCCUGAGGUGAAUCGAGUGCUCUACGUGCGUAACUUGCCGUUCAAUAUAACGAGCGAGGAGAUGUACGACAUAUUCGGCAAGUACGGCGCGAUAAGGCAGAUUCGCAUCGGGACGAACAAGGACACGCGCGGCACCGCUUUUGUGGUGUAUGAGGAUAUCUACGAUGCCAAGACCGCCGUCGACCACCUGUCGGGUUUCAACGUGGCGAAUAGGUAUCUCAUUGUUUUGUAUUACCAGCAGGCGAAGAUGAGCAAGAAGUUUGACCAGAAGAAGAAGGAAGACGAGAUUCAGAAGUUGCAGGAGAAGUACGGGAUUGGCACUCCUGCUGCUUCCAAAGAUAAGUAACGUGUUUUUCGUUAACUAGUUUUAAGAUCCACCAAACGAAGCUGCCUCUGCAGCUGUUGUCUCGGCAUUAUUUAGGCCUUCGUACUUACCAAAGUGUUUGUAUAAAAAAACUCGUAUUAAUGGAAUUUUAAUCACAAAUA